GCAGCCGGGGCGAAGGGGGAAAAGGAGGGCCGGAGGGCGCCGGCAGCCAGCCCGUCGCCGGGAUCGGCAGAUGUGUGCAGAAUUCCCCCACCUUUUAUUCUGAACUUCCUGUCAGGAUGUUUUUCUCUGGUGGGCAGUGUGGCCAUGUUGGCAGAAUGGAAGACAUCUUAGCAGCCUUCCGGAUAUCCCUUGCUGUCAUGUGUCUUCACGUUGUCCUGGUUACAUCCCUGGAAGAAAUCGCUGAUAACUCCAGUCUGUUAUCGCCAUCUGCUGAAUCAUCUCUUGUCGGUUUUGUUCCCUACUCCAAUGAGGUUCAAACUACAAGUCUCAAUGAUGCCACAUCAAGCGUAUUAUCUACAUUAAACAAAACAGAAAAAACUAAAAUCACUAUAGUAAAAACCUUCAAUGCUUCAGGUGAGGUACACUUCCCCUGUCGCCAAAGGAGAAAGCGUUUCUCAGGAAUCAAACCUCAGAAAAAUAUCUGCAAUUUGUCCUCCAUCUGCAAUGACUCAGCAUUUUUUCGAGGUGAAAUAACAUUUCAGUAUGAUGAAGAAAGCAACAAUACCCAGAAUCAAGAUAGAGCUAAUGGAACUUUAAAUGGAAUGCUGUCUCUAAGUGAAUUGAAACGGUCUGAGCUCAACAAAACCCUGCAAGCCCUAAGCCAGACCUAUUUUAUAGUGUGUGCUACAGCAGAGGCCCAAAGCACACAAAACUGUACAUUUACAGUAAAAUUGAAUACAACGAUGAAUAUAUGUGCCAUAAUGGCUGCUUUGAAAGGAGUGAAGAUUCGACCGAUGGAGCAGUGCUGUUGUUCUGUCAGGACACCCUGCCCUUCCUCCCCGGAAGACUUAGAAAAGCUGCAGUGUGAUCUGCAGGAUCCCGUUGUCUGUCUUCCUGAUCAUCCUCAGGGCCCACCAUUUUCUUCUUCCAGCAAACCCUUCCCAGUUGGACCUCAGGCCACUGUUGUUUCCCAAGUAUCCAGUGCCUUUUCUAUGGCUGAGCCUGUAGAUAAUCUACAGGUGACUCAGAAAGUUCACUCUGCAACAGGGAGGGGUCACCUUGCUCCUCCCCAGCCUUCAGCUCCUGUAGCUUCCCACCCAUCCAUUGGUAUGCCACCACUUCAAUCUGAAACUCUCUCCCCCCCUGUACCCCAAACCAAUCUUUCCCACACUCUACCACCUGUGAAGUCCUCGUUUUCCUCUCCUACCACGGCUGCACCUGCAAAUGUCAUCACCAGUGCACUGCCUGACAAGACAAACAUCAUCAACGUCACCAGUGUUUCUGAUCUUGAGAACCAAGUGUCCCAGAUGGAGAAGGCUCUGUCCUUGGGCAGCUUGGAGACUGACUACGCAGGAGAAAUGAUAAACCAAGUCAGCAAACUCCUUCGCUCCCCACCCGCCUUGCUGGCCCCUCUGGCUCAAAGAUUGCUAAAAGUCGUGGAUGACAUUGGUUUGCAGUUGAAUUUUUCAAACAAGACCAUAAGUCUCACUUCCCCUUCAUUGGCUUUGGCUGUGGUCAGAGUGAAUGCCAGUAACUUUGACACAACCACCUUUGCAGCCCAGGACCCUGCAAACCUUCAGGUUUCUCUGGAAACUCAAGCUCCUGAGAACAGUAUUGGCAUUAUUACUCUGCCUUCUUCACUGAUGAGUGCCAUACCAGCUAAUGAUAUGCAGCUAGCUUCCAGGAUUCAGUUCAACUUUUUUGAAACACCUGCCCUGUUUCAGGACCCUUCCCUGGAGAACCUGUCUCUGAUCAGCUAUGUCAUAUCAUCGAGUGUCGCAAACCUGACCAUCAGGAACCUGACAAGAAAUGUGACAGUCACAUUAAAGCACAUCGACCAAAGCCAGGAUGCCUUAACAGUGAGAUGUGUCUUUUGGGACUUGGGCAAAAACGGUGGCAGAGGAGGCUGGUCAACCAAUGGUUGCUCCGUCAAAGGCCGGAGGCUGAAUGAAACCAUCUGUACCUGCAACCACCUAACAAGCUUUGGCGUCCUGUUGUAUGAAGAAGGAAAAAAUAAAUGUGUGCCGAUUGUGCCGUCAUGUCUCAGAUCGCCCUGUUGCCCGGACUUAUCUCGGACAUCCUUACCACCUGCCCAGAUGAUGGCCCUGACGUUUAUCACGUACAUUGGUUGUGGCCUUUCAUCCAUUUUUCUGUCAGUUACUCUUGUAACCUACAUAGCCUUUGAAAAGAUCCGGAGGGACUAUCCUUCCAAGAUCCUCAUCCAGCUGUGCGCCGCUCUGCUCCUGCUAAACCUGGUGUUCCUCUUGGACUCGUGGAUCGCUCUGUACAACACUCGAGGCCUCUGCAUCUCAGUGGCUGGUUUUCUGCAUUAUUUUCUCUUGGUCUCAUUCACAUGGAUGGGCCUGGAAGCAUUCCACAUGUACCUGGCCCUUGUCAAAGUGUUUAAUACCUACAUCCGAAAAUACAUCCUUAAAUUCUGCAUCGUUGGCUGGGGGGUACCAGCUGUGGUUGUGACCAUUGUCCUGACUAUAUCCCCAGAUAACUAUGGGCUUGGAUCCUAUGGAAAAUUCCCCAAUGGGUCACCUGAUGACUUUUGCUGGAUCAACAGCAAUGUAGUAUUCUAUAUUACAGUUGUGGGAUAUUUCUGUGUGGUAUUUUUGCUGAACCUCAGCAUGUUCAUCGUCGUCCUGGUUCAGCUCUGUCGAAUUAAAAAGAAGAAGCAGCUGGGAGCCCAGCGCAAAACCAGCAUCCAAGACCUCAGGAGUAUCGCUGGCCUUACGUUUCUACUGGGAAUUACUUGGGGUUUUGCCUUCUUUGCCUGGGGACCAGUUAACGUUGCCUUCAUGUAUCUCUUUGCCAUCUUUAACACUUUACAAGGAUUUUUCAUAUUCCUCUUCUACUGUGUAGCCAAAGAGAAUGUCAGGAAGCAAUGGAGGCGGUACCUUUGUUGUGGCAAGUUACGACUGGCUGAAAACUCAGACUGGAGUAAAACUGCUACUAAUGGUUUAAAGAAGCAGACUGUAAACCAAGGAGUAUCCAGCUCUUCAAAUUCCUUACAGUCAAACAGUAACUCCACUAACUCCACCACACUGCUAGUGAAUAAUGAUUGCUCAGUACACGCAAGCGGGAAUGGGAAUGCAUCAACAGAGAAGAAUGGGGUUUCUUUCAGUGUUCAGAAUGGAGACGUGUGCCUUCAUGAUUUCACGGGGAAGCAGCACACAUUGAAUGAGAAAGAAGAUUCCUGCAAUGGAAAAAGCCGUAUGACUCUCAGAAGGACUUCAAAGCGAGGAAGCUUACCCUUUGUCGAGCAAAUGUGAUUCCUUCUUUCUCAAAGCGUGAAGCUUGACAGUGUGAAAUGCCCAAUUUUUACCUUUUACACAAUGUGAGAUUAUGAAAAUCAACUCGUUUUAUACUCAGCAACUUCUGGAGGAACGUAAGCUAAUUGAGAGUAAUGGUUACUAUCGGAAGAGCAAAGAAUCAAGACAUGACCAUAGUUUUUAGACAUUUGUGAUUUGGUUUCUUAGCCAUUUUAAAAGAAGAUUGGUUUUAAACACCACACUAAAAAUAAGACCCCCCCCCUCAAAAAAGUAGUUUGCCUCUUUAACAUAUGGGCUGGAAAUUGUCUUUGAGAACAUGUAAAGCAACUGUUGACUUCAGCCUGUUGGUGGGUGUAGUUCUGCAUGCCUUUGUUGUACAUAAGCUAAAUUCUAGUGGACCCACAUGUCAAAAAUCUUCUACUUUUUUGUAUUUAUUUUCUGCUGUCUAAGUUUAUUCCUUCAUAGAAUUGUGGUUGUUUUUGUCUAAUGUGAUAAUUCAGUGAACCCAGAAUCUCCUUUUGGAGACUAUAUGGGAUGUGAAAUGUAGAAACUUCGCUGAAAUAGAGAAUAACGAUGCCAGCCAGACUGGAAAAUGUAAGCAAAUAGUGCCACAGUGAGCUUAUACAGUGCUUUGGAGCAAGUUAGAAAAAGGAACCUCCACAGGACAGGCACAACCUUGUUUGGCAAACUCCACUCAUUCUUUUGGUUGCAUCUUCAUGCAAUCUUUAUAGCCAUACAUGGCAUCCAGUACCAAUACCCUACCCGCAGACUCCAGCCCUAAUUGCCAGAGUGUACAGUCUGCACUAACGGUCUUUAGCUUAAUACCUUGGCCACUGAGAAGGAUGGAACUGUAAUCUAGAUCAUAUGUCAGCAACGCAGUGAACGUGGAGGAGAUACACACACUGCCACUUCUCACAUCCCCAGAGCCUUUCAGAAGAGAGGAGGAGAACAGGAUUACUUUAAGAGAUCUAUAGAAGGGGAAAACAGAAUAUUGCUGUUCUUUAAAAGGCACAUUGUUGAUUAUUAUGGCUGGUCCACCCUGGCACAACCAGAUUUACGAUUACUUUUAAAAAUGUUUCAAGCCUUGAAGAGUGUAUAGUGGCAAGGGAGAGCAGCUACUGGGGACAAUCAACUAUUCUGCAAUGCCGUUGUUGCUGUAUGUGUCAAACCCUGAUUGCUCCUAGUCAUAGAGCCUAUCUUGAUUCCCCCCAUACCUGCUCAAGCAGUGCCUCAAGUAUGUCCGUCUUAAGAACAUUUCAGAACCCUUUAGUUAGUUCUUUCACUAAGCCUCCCUUGCAUACAUUUCCAGUGAAUGCUGUAUUCCAGACUAACCAUACUAAUAAUAUAAUAGCUUUCUGUGAGUGCUGAUUUGUCUUUACAAUAUUUUUGAUUUAUUGAUUUAUUUAAUUGCCUUGUAUUUAUGUUACAAUCGACAAAAGUGUUGAAAUCGACAGAAAUGUUAAA